AGAAGAUUCAGUAUGUGAAGCAAGAGGAGAGGAAAAUAAACUGAAAGCCAUGAGGAGGAGAGAGAAUCUGAAGCUUUGGAAAACCAGUGGCCGAACACUGCAGUUUUAAUGGCCAACGUUCAGGAAGAGGCUGGCUGAGCUACCCAGAGAAAUAGUUUCUUGCACUGUUAGAUUAGAUUAGGCUUUGAGAGUUUAAACCAACGACUGAUAGCAGCAUGGCCCUUUUCCUGUUCUGCAAGUCUCCUGCAGGCCCAGUCAGAAUGAACAGAACACAGCUCCUUCUGUGCUGCUUUUUACUGUCUCUUAUCAUAUACUUCUUUAAUGGACGUAAAGCUGCUCCCAGUUUGGAGUCAGCCCAUCCCUUGUCUCGGGUGGUGGGAAUGAAGGAUGGAAUGAUACUGAAAGACAUGUCUUCAAUGAAGACAGUGGACUCAAAAACCCCACAGGAGACAUCAUGGGGAGCCCCCAUGGUUUGGGGUGACAGCCACAAUUCGGUGUGGCGCAGGGCGAAACUGUCAGAACGAGGAAUUCGCGUCGGCCUGUUGACCCUUGUGGUCGGAACCUACGCCCGGUUUGUCCGUCAUUUCCUCCACUCAGCCGAAAACCACUUUCUCCCUGGUCAGAUGGUCACGUAUUACAUUCUUACAGACAAUCCCCGCACUCUGGAUCCUCCGGUUGAGCUGGGCCCUGGACGACAGAUGAAGGUGCUUCCGGCUGCGGAGCUGCCUGGCUGGGACAGGUUGGCUUACCGUCGCAUGGUGCUGUUCGCCGAAGCCAUCUGGGGCUCCAUUGGCAAAGAGGUAGACUACGUCUUCUGCGCUGACGUUGACCAGAAGUUUGUGGGCCCAGUAGGGGAAGAAAUUCUUGGGGAUCUGGUGGCUACGCUACACCCAGAGUUUUUUGAAAUGCCACGAAACAAUUUCCCUUACGAAGACCAAGAAGAGUCAUCCGCCUGCGUAGAGGAGGACGAGGGAGACUACUAUUACACAUCAGAGUUUUAUGGCGGGGUUGUUUCUCAGAUGCGCAGACUUGCUCGGGAGUGUUCUUUGCUUAUACUUCAGGACCAGGCGAACAACAUGAUGGCCAAAGGACUGGAGGAGAGCUACUUAAACCGCUACCUUAUCGACCACAGGCCUACCAGUGUGCUCUCACCAGAGUACAGCUGGUGGGAUUCGCCCCUUACUGCCCAUGUGCCUAAAAAAAGACUGGUCUCAUUGGGAAGGCAGUGUGAGGCUUACGACAUAGAGAAGAGAGAACUACAGAGGUGUUGAAAUUUUAAAAAGGAAAGACAAGAGAGUUAUGUGAUUUGCACUCAUUUAUGUACGCAGUGGUGUGCAAAAUGCCCUUUGUGCUUUUCGAAAUCAAAACAAACCCCAGUGUGUUUUAUUGGUCCCCAUGGGGGAAUUGCUAAGAGGUCUGAUCUAAACCACUCUGUCGUAGUUCUGGCUGUAAUUGUAAUGUCGUUGUCAUGGUGUAAGGUGGACCUCCAUGCCACUCUCAAGUCUUCUCUCUUACAAGUUUUCUUCCAGUAUUGCCCUGUCUUUAAAUCCAUCCAUCAUCUUUGACAAGCUAUCUUUUCGUUCAUAAAGAAAAGCAUCCCCACACCAUGAUUCUGCUUCCACCAUGUUUCAAUGCAGUUGAACUCCAAUGUUAGUUUUCCAUUACACAUGGUGUAAUGGUAAGUGAUUUGUUAAUGGCACAGUUGGUGACAAACUGCAAAUGGGAUUUCUUCAGCACUCCAGACUUCCUCUUGCCUCUCUUCCAAGAAGGAGUAGAUAACUAACAGUUGUCCUGUCAACAGAUAUUCUGACCUAAGUUGUUGAUCUGCACAGUCUCCAUGGCUGCUUCUUCCAUUGAUGCUGUGUCAGGCGUAUCAGUUAAAAAUCACCUAAACUUUAUCACUAACAUGUCUUUUGUUUUCCUUGGUUUUCAUGAUGCUAUUUACUUAUUGAUUUACUUCAACAAACCUCCAAGGUCUCCAACAAACAGCUGGGCUUAUACUGAAAUUAAAUUCUGCUUCAUUUGUGGUGGUAAUGUUCUCAAGUGAGAGGGACGAGGAAAGAAAACAUCAGUACUUUUGCAAGGUUCUGUAUCUCAUGCCAUUCCUUGAAGGUGGAAUUCGUGGCGUUUCACAAGACAACUGGUAAAAAUCAAUGUAAUGACAAUGCAAAUAUUAAUAAAAUCUCCAUAAAAGAUUCA